AUGACACCAGGCGAGCCGGCGGAGCACCGCCAUGAAUUCCACCACCACCACAACGGCCGCGAAGUGGAAGACGAUGCUGUGGUCGCUCCAUCAUCACCACACUGUGGUGGACUGAUGCCCGGUACUCGCGACCUGCAUGAGCAGGACACAGACAAGAAGCCGAGCCCCGCGCAUGCAACUGCUCAACUUACACACGCAUCACAGCAGCAGCAACAUCAAUGGCUGCAGCAGCAACAACAGCAUGAACCAGAAGCUGUCCCAAACAAGGCCAGGAAGCAACCACGUGUCAGCAGACCCGCAAAGUCAAACAAGCCAACUGCUAUUCGCAGGGAGGACCCAGCCAUACGACAGCAGAUCCUCAAAUACCGAGAACGCCAGAACCAGCAGCAGCAACAACAAGAACCACAACGGGCUCAACAGCAACGCGCAGGCAAGCACCGGGCAACGCGUGAGGCAACUGUCAAUCGCCAACAGAACCCCGCAAAGAGAAAGCAGCAAGUCGGCAAGGAAGCGAAUCCGGCGUUGCCCCAGGAAACAAGGAUCCAUUCGACAACAAGCGCUCAGGCGCACCAACAGCAGCAACAAUUGCAGCAGCACGAAAAGAAGAGUAACAUGCAGCAGCAGGAAGCAGCGGCAGCGGCAGCAGCCUUGUGGCGAAAGUGGCGGUGA